ACUAUUUUGUGACUCCUAAUUGGAGAAUAAAAUAAAGAAGUGGGUGUCAAUUAUUACUAUUGCUUUGCCCAGUUUCCAAGCCCUGAGAGAUUGCCAUUGCGUAAGGUAAAGGAAUAACAUGUGAGCUUCAUCAGUUAUUGAGUUUUUGAAGCCAAAAUGCUUCUGGGGAGGAAAGAAGAACAUGCGGGAAAAAUUAGAGCAGUCCGAUAACGAGCAGACUAAGACGAAGAAGCAGCGGCAGCAGCAGCAGAUGACAGUGGUUAAGAAGAAGAAGCUCACUUUGGAAGAGUGGUUCUUAGCAUCAUCGCUGUGCCGAAACGACGAUAUUGAUAAUAGGAAGCUGUUGACUGAUGAAAGUGGAAGAAGUGAUGUCUAUGAUCCUUGCUUGUGCCGAAAAGAAAGUAGUGGAAAGGUAAAGAAAAGGGCCAGCUUUAAACUACAAGAAGAGGCUGAUAUAUUCAUUUUCUGUUCACCGGAUCAUCAAGGUGAUGUUCAAGAGGAAAGUAGAAUUUAG